AUGCCGAUAAUAUCAUGAUGACAGCUUACCAAAACUAUAUUUCAGUUCUUAAAUUUUCUCAUAUAUUACAAUUUCAUCAUGCAUGACAGCUUACCAAAAUCCAAAGUUGGUUCGUAUAAUCUAAUCACCUCUUUAAUCCAAUUUUAAGCACCUUGGGGGGGAAAAAAGAAGAAGAAAAGAAAAGGAAAGAAAAGAAAAGAAAAAUUAUAGGAGGAAUAAAAAUUAAAUCGUCAUUUUUACUAGAAACCCCUGGAUUUUUCUUGAUGGUCAGAGAUGAAAUAGGAAUACAUGAAAAAGUUCAGGAACUGAAGUGUCUAUAAAACAAAAAAGUUCAAAAGCUAAGUCACAACGUCGGCAUGCUAAAGGUAUAACAAAUACAUUUCAGACCAAUGAUGAGUAUUAUUCUAUGACAACAAACACCCAAAUAACCACCAAAAAGAGAAUAACCAACUGCAACAUGUCUCCGACUCUCUUUGCCGCAGAAUCCUUAAGCCAGACUAUAUCCAGUGGAGCAAGAUUGUUUCAGAAAGCCUGCAUUGGCUGCCAUGAUAUGGGAGGAAACAUUCUCCAACCUGAUGCGACUCUCUUCAUGAAGGACCUACAGAGGAACGGAGUAUCUACGGAGGAGGGAAUAUACAACAUCACGUACUAUGGGAAAGGACGGAUGCCCGGCUUCGGGGAAAAGUGCGCUCCAAGGGGUCAGUGCACAUUCGGGCCACGGCUGCAAGAAGAGGAGAUCAAGCUGCUAGCGGAGUUCGUCAAGUCACAAGCCGACAGAGGAUGGCCAAAUAUCGAGAGUCGCGGGGAUUGACUCCUGCACAGAAAAAUAAAGCAUUUGGAAGGCACAUUAUGUUGGUGUUAAGAAUAUCAUAUUAUACUGCUGAUGCAUGCAUAUAUACUAUCAAUUAUUCAUAACAACCGGACAAAAUGAUGUGCGUUUAUUGUAAUUCACAAUGAGGAAAUUUGCAACAUAAAGGGCUUUAAUUUUUACGACA